AUGGCGUCUCGUCGGCAAACGCCUACCCCUACGCCGUCACACAGUACUUACAGUUUCCAAAGUGCGCUUCACCAUACAACCGACGAUAGUUUUCUCAAUAGCAAAGAAGAAUGUCGUUCCAAAGCAGAAAAGACGUUGAACGACUGGACAGAAGCCUUAAAGUUCAUUACACGAUACACGGAUUCCCAUGACGAUGUGCGAAAAGCGGCACGAUCUUUUGUGCAAGUGGAUAACUAUGCCGCCAACACGCAGCUGGCUUUGAAAAAGACGGGCAAACUAUUAGACGCACUGAUUGACCGAAAAUUUGGCAUGUUGGCUACAACGAAAACGCUCAAUGAGAUUCAUUCUCUUCUCGAGACAGAGCCGAUGACCAGAACUUAUUGGCGACUUCAGUCCCCUCAUACCCCAGCGACCAACGACGAACCUUCUGCCUUCUCCUUACUACAACAACAACAACAACAAGAUACCCCAUAG